AUGUUCUCGCUGCUGCUGGUGCAUCGUCUGUGGAGACUGACACUGCAGAUUCUGGCGCGGUACUCCAUAUUUGUCAAGGAGCUUUUACUCGGGCCCAUCUCUAAUGAAAGUGCUAAGGAUAUUAAAAAGCCUUUGGAAACUGGCAGCAAAGAUCUUUCUAUCACCCAAGGAAAUUGCAAAGACCAAGCAAGUGGCCUUUCUGAAACAAAGCCCAUCGUCUCCAUUUCCAGCACUCCACUUGUCUAUGUGGUCACAGACCUGGACAGGCUUCAGGAACAGGUGAGCCUGUGUCGCAGAGGAUUCUAA